GUGAAAACCAUAGACUCAAAACAAUCCUUACAAUGACAUUUCCUUCCAAUUUCACUACGCGCGUUAUUUGAGUUUUUACUUCACUCAAUAUUAUUUUCGAAAUUAUUAUUGAUAAAAAGUGUAAGUACCGUUUUUUGUAGCUUUUCGUAUUUAAAAUUGUUGCAAUUAGCAUUUAUUUUAUAGUCAUAGAUUUCUAUAACUUAUUUCUAUCUUAAUAUUUUAGUUUAAAAUGGCUCCAUGGACGGGUUCAGCAACUCCAGAACAAGUAGAUACACUCCUCAACUUUCUGGAUGAGCAUCGCGACCUAGCCCGCGGACAUCUGCGAAGUGUAGAAGGCAAGCUCCAAGCGAAGCGGCUCUGGGACGAGGUGUGCAACCUCCUAAAUGCCAUGGGCGGUUGCACAAAGACAGUCACGCAGUGGCAAAAAGUUUGGUUUGACCGAAAACACUUGGCCAAAAAAGCUGCUGCUGACUCCCGGAGAUCGGCUACAAUGACUGGAGGUGGGCCGGCGGUGACAUCCUCCCCUUGGGAAUUAAAAGUUCUAAAUAUAAUGGGAGAUGGGUUUGGUCUCCGCCAGACGGAAGCUAGAGUUCCGGCUUUCCCCGAAGCAUAUGAACUUGCUCCGUCUACCUCCAGUCAACCGCCACGCUUGGAGUUGCCUCUAGGUGCCAUCCCGAGAGUUGAGUGUUCGAGUGCUGAACCCAGUCAAGAACUAAUUGUGCCAGAUCAAAUACACGAAAUAAUUGUGCCAUCCUCGCAAUCGUCACGUCAUCGUCCUCGAAGGAUGCGGUCUGCUGCUGGCUCUGACGUCAGACGCAGACUUUUUGAAUACGAGGACAGACGUGAACAACGGGAAACGGCGAGGAACCAAGAACUUGCCGGCUAAGGGCUGCCAUGGAAGAAAUGUGUGGGAUACAAAGGCAAAUAUUAAAUUAUUUAGCAAAACUGUCGGAAAAGCCAUAAAUUUGAAUUAUAUUUACCAAAGUAUCACCCACAUUUCACCAGUUAUGUUAUUUAUUACCUACUCUAUGCGAAUUUGUAAAAAUCGAAAACCCACUACUUAAGUAGAAAAAUGCUAGGCAACGUGUUAAUUCGGCUCCAUUGGACAAUACUCAAAAUUAGUACCUAAUUAAUCUAAUUGCAAGGACAAGUUAAUACUUAGUUCUGAAGUAAUCUAGAUUGUUCUAAAUAUCUUAUGGGACCAGCGUAUCGUUAUUUGGAUGAUCUUUGUUAGCUAUAAGCUUAUUUAUAAAAAAGCAGUGUUUCACAUUUUAGGUAUAUGUAUAAUAUAUGCACAUUUGUGUGCACCACUGCACCAUGUUAGAAACGAUUGUUUAAAAUUAUUUCUCUGUCAAAUAAAUUGGUCUGUUUUAAUUUUGUAGGUAUGCUGUUAUUGUACUUACGCAUAUAAUUAUGAAUAUUGGAUUAAAUAAUACAUAAAUAUAUCAGUGAAAUGUGUCUCUGAUGGACAACUUAUUAUUCUGU